UGCUGCUGCUGCUGCUUCACUGAAGGUUAACUCAUCAUGUCGCUGGUGUCGGAGUUUCUGGGCCAACUGACGCUGUCAUACGGCGCGGAAGAGGAGCCCACUUUUCCCACCGUGGUGCCGGUACAAGACUUUGACCCGGCCAAAGAUGCUGCCAGGAUUGAGACGGCCAUCAAAACUAAAGGCGUAGACGAACAGACGAUCAUCGAUAUCCUGACCAGACGAAGCUCCGAGCAGCGCAAAGAGAUCGCCUUCGAAUAUGAACGACUCGCCAAGAAGGAUCUGCCCACAGCCCUGAAGGGGGCGCUGUCUGGCCCUCUGGAGGCUGUGAUGCUGGGUCUAAUGAAGAGCACAGCUGAGUACGACGCCUCCGAGCUCAAAGCUUCCAUGAAGGGGCUGGGAACAGACGAGGAGACGCUCAUCGAGAUCGUCUGCUCCCGGAGCAACGAAGAGAUGCUGGAGAUAAAGAGGGUUUACAAAGAGAUGUUUAAGAAGGAGCUGGAAAAAGACGUCGCAGGAGACACGUCAGGAAACUUCGCUAAACUGCUGCUGGCUCUGGUUCAGACAAAGAGAGAUGAGCCUUCGAACGUUGUCGACUAUGAGAAGAUUGAUGAUGACGCCAGAUCUCUGUAUGAAGCUGGAGUGAAGAAGAAGGGCACCGACGUGAUGAUCUGGAUCUCCAUCAUGGCUCAGAGGAGCGUCCCCCAUCUGCGGAAAGUGUUUGACAGAUAUAAGAGCUACAGUCCCUACGACAUGAAGGAGAGCAUCAGGAAGGAGGUGAAGGGAGAUCUGGAGAAGUCCUUCCUCACUCUGGUGGAGUGCUUUGGAAACAGGCAGCUGUACUUCGCCAACAGACUCAGUGAAGCCAUGAAGAGUAAAGGAGCCAAAGAGAAGCAGGUGACCAGGAUCCUAGUUUCACGCUGUGAGGUCGACCUGAUGAAGAUCAGAACAGAAUUCAAGAGGGAGCACAAAGGAUCACUGUACCAGACCAUCGCUGAACACACUAAAGGAGAUUACCAGAAGGCUCUGCUCAGUCUGUGUGGAGGAGACGACUGAGACCUGUCAGGACUCCGUUUCCCAGAAGGCCUCGGGGUUCGACCUGUUAGCUGAAGACCUGCUCAGCCUUAGAGCUCUUUGUCAUUUCCAUCUGAAACAUCUUGUGGAAUAAAAAAUAACUUUUCA